AAGUGUCCUUCGUGGAACAUGUGAAAAUAGUCCGUAGCUUGAUUGACAUACUUGACUAUAAAGCCCAUAAACAAAGGGUUGAAUAAGCUCGAUUAACACUUGCUAGCUAGGAGCUAACUUUAGAUCAGCAACCACUGGAGAAAUCCAGUCAGCAGUGGAAGCCUGAGCUCUGCAUGUUUGAACUUCCCUCCUGCGGUUGUCGCACGGAUUAAUCCAGCAUGUGACCAUGGGGCUGUGCUGCCGGGACUUCAACCCUCUCACAUGCUCCCUCCUCAGACACAGCUAGCUGCUAGCUGCCUGUACCUCACACUUGGGCUGGACUGGUUCUUCUCUCCAGAGACCUUUCUGUAGAGCCAGCUCACUCUUAUGUAUGGAGUAAGUUUCUAAGUGAACCAUCGCUUUGAGCUGGCACGACCCACCACAAACACAGGGUGCUGAAGAUGGACGAGGCCGUUCUGAGAGUCAACAAUGAGCUGGACUCUGAGGUGGUGGUGUCCUGGGUGUCAGAGCGCUGCUACCAGUGUUUGUACCAGCAACUGGGAGUUUUACCAGCUGCGCCCAGUCCUGGAAAGCCCAGUUCGGUUGACUUUGUUGUGAGCACACAGCAUGAAAUAACACUACAGCUCAACAGAACCCCGGUCAACCUGCAGCAUUGCACGGUUCCCUUCCACUUUGGGGAGCACGGGAACUACUCUCUGUGGGUGAAAAAUUUCAACGACUCCUCAGUGGGGAAGUGUUCGGUAGUGACUGACGCGGACCCCAUCAACAGCUACAUACCGAUAUUAGUGGCUUUUCUAUUCUUUGCUGGACUGAUCUUGAUGUCCUGCAUUGGUAGGAUAAUAUUAAGGCUUGAUGUGGUGAGGAACAUCCUCUUCCGAAUUACUGGCUCGAUGGAGACGGAGAGGCUCAUCAACUCUGAACUGGGCUCCCCUGGCAGGACAGUGCCACCAGUGACUGACACCAUCCUCCCUCCUCCACCCAACCCCAGCAAGAGGCUGCGAUCCCUGGACACAUUCAGAGGAAUUUCCUUAGUCAUUAUGGUGUUUGUGAACUAUGGAGGGGGCCGAUACUGGUUCUUCAGGCACCAAAGCUGGAAUGGUCUAACUGUUGCAGAUUUAGUCUUCCCUUGGUUUGUGUUUAUAAUGGGGACAUCCAUUGCAAUGUCAACCAACUCCCUGCUGUGCGCAGGCUCCACUCGCUGCUCACUGCUGAGGAAAAGUGUGUGGAGGAGCCUGCAGCUCUUCAUCAUCGGUGUCUUCAUUAUCAACCCAAACUAUUGCCAGGGACCAUUAUCUUGGGACAACCUGCGAAUCCCAGGUGUGUUGCAGCGCCUGGCCUGGUCCUACCUGGUUGUAGCCUGCCUGGAUCUGCUGGUGGCAAAAGGUCACCUCGACAUCCUCACGACGAGUGCUUGGUGGUCCCCCUUCCGUGACAUCUUGCUGUACUGGCCGGCCUGGCUGUGUGUGAUCCUCUUAGAAAUCCUCUGGUUGUUCCUCACUUUCCAACUCCCGGUUCCAGAUUGUCCAGCAGGCUAUCUGGGCCCAGGUGGGAUUGGGGACAUGGGCCUUUACAUGAAUUGCACUGGUGGAGCGGCUGGUUUCAUUGACCGUUGGCUGCUGGGAGAGAACCACAUCUACCAGACUCCGUCGUCACGGGUUAUUUAUGCAACUCGCAUGCCCUUUGAUCCAGAAGGUGUCCUCGGCAGCAUCAACUCUGUCCUCAUGGCUUUUCUUGGUUUACAGGCAGGGAAAAUUAUCUUACACUACAGAGAUGUCCACACAAGUAUAAUGUCAAGGCUUCUAUUAUGGGGUCUCUUUUUGGGAGCCAUAUCAGCAGUUCUGACCAAGUGUUCCACAGACCAGGGCUUCAUUCCUAUCAACAAGAACCUAUGGUCUCUGUCCUAUGUGACAACACUGGCCUGUUUUGCCUUUGUGCUGCUAGUGCUGCUCUACUUCAUAGUGGACGUACAGAGGUGGUGGUCUGGAGCCCCUUUCUACUACCCAGGUAUGAACUCCAUCCUGGUGUAUGUGGGUCAUGAGGUGUUGGAGGAGUACUUCCCCUUCCGCUGGCGUAUGGCAGACAGCCAAUCCCACGCUGAGCACCUCACCCAAAACCUUGUGGCUACUUCCUGUUGGGUGUUCAUCGCCUAUGUGCUGUACAGGAAGAGGAUUUUUUGGAAGAUUUAGAGGGACCCCUGAAUAAUGAUUCCUUCCAGUAGCAGAGGACAUUUAUGACAUCAGAAUUGCUGGAGUCCUAAUCUGAAAACCUUUGGAGCACAGAUAACCGGGGACUAAAGAUUAAUUUCGGCAAAACUAUGCUGUUUCUCUGUCUCUGAACAUUUAUGGAGUUCUUCGUUCAAACUCCUUAGACACAAUUUUUUAUCACCAUUAAUGUUUAACAGCUUUUUUCCCCCCAAAGAUCUUCAGAUAUGAAGCGUCUCAUAUCUCCACUGACUCAGGAAGAACUUGUCCAUGAAUAGUUAGAGAAUUGGAACACUGACAUUGUUAAUCCACUUUUUGACUUUGUGUUAUUAAUUCAGGUUUCAUUCCUCACCCUGUGACACACACUGUGUUUAACAAGCGCCUUGUUAACUUCCCUUUCUUCUGCUACCACCAUAAUUACAGCAUUUCUCUGAAAGCUGAAGUUUUUUUUGGUGAGGUUGUGUGAUCAUUUUCGACUACACGAGGUGGAAGUGAUAUUUAAACAAAAGUGAAACAGUGUGUCAAGAUUUUGAAGUAAGAAAGUUUUGCCAUAUUUAAUUAUUAACUAUUGUAGGGUAGACGGCUCCUCUCAAUCCUCAACUCCGCUCAAUCCUCAGCUCCUCUCACUACUCAGCUCCUCUUAACCCUCAGCUCCUCUCAAUCCUAAACUCCUCUCAAUCCUCAGCUCCUCUCAAUCCUAAACUCCUCUCACUACUCAGAUCCUCUCAAUCCUCAGCUCCUCUCAAGCCUCAGCUCCUCUCAAUCCUCAGCUCCUUUGCUAAUCAAGGAUCCAAUGUUGUGAUAUAAGAUGCUGUAUUUUACCAAAUACUGAGGGGAAGUGAAGGAGGCCACAUCCGCUGACUGUUGAAACCCAUUGAGGUUUGCUGGUUUUGCAUUUAGAUAAAAUGCAUGUUUGUCAUCAAUAGGUUUACAAAAACAGAAGUCACUGAAUUCCCCUUUUUAUUUUAUUACAAAUGCCCAAUUUGACUUUUGCCUUUCCAGAAAUGAUUUGUCUUUCUUAAAUGAGUCAUGAAUUUCCAUAAAGAAAGUUAGACUUUUUUUUGGUAAUUUACAAGAUUAUAGAUAUUGUUUAAAUAACGUUAUUCAGAGUUUGAUCACAUGCUGAAUAUAAACCUGCGUAUGCCUGCUAAUUUUGGUGUAGACGAGUUAUUAGGGCGGUUUUACAUCUAGCUUGUUUGGUCCAGACCAAAAUAACAGGUGUGAAAGGUGCCGCCAACAGACCAAUAUUAGGUCCAACGAAAAUAGGUGCUCUCAGUUCGCAUCAAACUCUACCAUGGCUCAGUUAUUUUGCAGUUUGAAAAUACGUUUUUGAUUGUUCGAACAAAUUGACCAAUAACGUUUCUGGUCUCUCCAGAAACAGAAUUGUCCAGGUUUACAGUGCUCCUCUCAAGCCUCAGCUCCUCUCAAUCCUCAACUCCUCUCACUACUCAGCUCCUCUCAAGACUCAGCUCCUCUCAAUCCUCAACUCCUCUCACUACUCAGCUCCUCUCAAGCCUCAGCUCCUCUCAAUCCUCAGCUCCUCUCAACAGUGUUCAUAAACUGUCAAAGGGAGAAUUUAUCACAGGCCUGUUUUGAGACUUCAUGUUUUUACUGGGUGUACUCCUGGGUUUCCCUUUUAAUCUGCCACAGAGUGUAUAUUUAAUUAUGUCAUAUCUCACUAUACAACUGUUACCAUUACUCCCACCAUACUGUUUAAAUGUUCCCCAUCUUGUGAUCGGCCAUUAUUCUAAAUAUAACUCCUGUGAACUGAUUUUACAAAACCACAUGUUCUGUAUGUAGAGGAUCUAAAGCCUGAGAGAGAUCGUUUUUUAUAAUUGUUCAUCUUGACUGAUGGGAUUCAUUUUCUUGUACUUUUUAUACAUAUAAUCUUUUUUUUUACAUUCACAAAUUUUAAUAGUUAUAUCAUGUAAUAUAUCAUUCUCAAGUA